AUGUCAAAUAAUAUUGGAAGGUCAGCACAAUGUUUGUACCCUGGAAUGAUGGUAGAGGUAAGAUUUUUAAAGCUAGUAGCUUAAACACUAUGGUUUUAUUAUAUAUACAACUGAAUAAAAUAAAAACUUUUUUUUAGAUUCUUAAUUUACUUGCAAAUACUAUGAAUGUAGAAAUCGAAAAAUCUAAAGCCGACGUGUCACCAAAUAUGACAUCUACUCAAGCGUUUGAAAUACUUCGUUUUGCUGUGGUAUGUUAAAAUCUAACUUUUAUUAAAACUCCUUUUAUGAGUCAAAUAUAAAGGUUGUUAUUAUAUAUGUGCCAAGGAUGAGUUACUUUUAUAUGAAAAAGAAGGUUCAUUUAAGCAUCGAAAAAACGAUUUUUAAAAACAAAAAUAUUAAAAAAUUUAAAUUAAAAAAACAUUUUUAGCAAAAUGACACUAUUGAUGAAGAAAUGAUUCGCCUAGUGGAAAACGAGGGUGUCGAUACCAUAGCAUACGCAUUUCAGAGAACCCAAUUGCGAAGCAAACGAGUUUUAUACAGUCACAAAUUGUAUACAGUAAGUCACAAUUUAUUUAAAUAUACAGUGGAACUCCUGUAUAACGAACUCCUCUAUAACGAAACUCCCGUAUAACGAACAACUUUUGAAGCCCCGUCUACCACUACACAGUGCAUUUAAAACUCCUCUAUAACGAAACUCCUUUAUAAUGAACGAAUUUCAAAUCCCCGAGCGAUUCGUUAUACAGGAGUUCCACUGUAUAUAUUAUGUGCGUUAAACUUAUUAUUGACUGGUCAGUCGAAAACAGUCAAUUCUUGUCCAAAAGUUGAUAAGCAAGAAUCUAAGCAUGCUUUAGCUAAGCAGAGAAAAAAAGACGUUCUUUUCGCGAAGAGAGAACAUAUUCUCUUAUCUUCCAGAAAAGAAGUAAGAAUGAUUACAUUCAAGGGUUCGAGACAAGAACUGGAAGUUUUUCACUGACCAUCUAAUCAUAAUUGUAACGCACGUGAGAUAUAUACAGCUAGCAAUUUUAAAAAGGUUUGUUAAAAAUUGGAUAUUUAUUCAUUCAACGGGUUAUAAUUUUUUAGGCAAAAUUAUUUAUGCUGCACAGACACUUUCACGAAAAUAAGAACCGUGAAUGGUCGUUUUUUGAAGUUUACGAUGAUCAAAUAUGGGGUUUUAUCGGUGCAAUAAUGAUGGCUCAAAUUAUUUUUUAUGUCAUCCAUAGCGCUCUAGAGCAAGGUCUGAAUUUACAAAGCAUGGGAGAUGUAAGAUGUUAAUUAAUUCUUAAUUUAACGACAUUUGCUAAGCGGGAUGGAAGAGGGGGUGAGAAAUCCCCGCCUGCGAAUUAUUAUAAUUUAAAUAAUAAAAAUAGUAGUAUAUGCUAUAUUCAGUUAUAAAAAAAAUUGCAGUUGUGUUUAAAAAACGUAAAUCUUGAAAUGCAUGAAAUAGUUUUAUAAUCUAAAAAACUUUGUUGUCAAGCUAAAAAAAAUUAUAAGUAACAAAAAAUGCAAAAGAUUUUCUUUCCUUUACUAAUUAUGCAAACAGGCAUUUUGGUAUUCAAUACAAAUCCAUCUUGGCCGACCGGUCCAACCGCAAAAUCAUCGAUUAGCUGUUCGAUUUAACACCGUGUUUGUAUCAUUAAUGCAUGUUGUUACUGUGUUGGGUUUGUACAGCUCGUGGAUAGUUUCACAACGGUUACAAAAAGAUGACGAGAACUUUAAUGGGUGGAAUGAUUUUUUUCAAGUGAGUCUACUAUUUUAUGCCUUUGGUAGAUUUUGUGGCAAUAAAUGGGAUUUUAAACUUCUUCCUAUAUGGCUGGGGACUUAAAAAUAUCGUUUGGAAGAGAGAGAGUCUUUUCUCUAGCGUCUCUCGUUUUAUUGUGCUCUCUUGUCAAAAUGGCGCAGAAUUUUGUACUUUCCUGCGCCGCUCUUUCACAUGGUACCAUUUAUUUUUAAAAAGCGAAUGGGCAGUUGGUAACAUUCCCUUGUGAGAAAAAAAAUAUUUUUGAGAAAAAAAUUUGAAGUAUAAGUCUCCAGCGAUAUAUUUUGAAAACUGCAUAAAUUUUAAAAUUAAGCAAAAACAAAUAGAAACAAUGUUUCGAACUUCUUUGCUUUUAUUUUAAUUUUAAAAAUAAUUAGAACAUACUUUGAACAUCCGUUUGCAGUUGUGUAGAAAUUCAACAGAUAAAAAUUUUACUUUACUUAAGCAGUAUUAUAAUAUGUAUUAUAUUAGUUAAAUAAAAAAUACAGUGGAACUUUUUUGUAACAAAAAUAUUAUGUAUAACGUUGUAACAAUCACUCAAAAUAGUUUAGAAACUCGAUCAAGGUAUUGUUUAUCUGGCUCUACCAGAAAAAAGUUGGUUUUAUGAAAGACUAUUGGAAGCAGAAGUGCAGCCGUUUUCAACUCUUUUUCAGUUGUAUAGAGGUAAACUAAAAAUUUAAUAUGUAUUAUAUUCGAUAUGUAGCAAAACGCAAAAUAGACAGAAAAAUCUGUUUUAAAAAUUUCAGAAAAGCCAAACAUAAUCAAGUUUUGCAAAGUACAACGCGAUUGUUUGGCUUGGUCAAAUAGUUCGAAUGCUGUAUUUCCAUUGCUCGACGAAAGCACUUUGCGUCGAACGUUGCAAUUUUACUGCAGUAUUGUGCCACCAUCAAGUCCUUUAUUAGAAUUAAAUGCACGAAUGAUAUUUAAAAAUGGUAAUCAAAAGUUGGUCGAGUACUUUGAUGAUGCUAUAGACAAGAAUGCGUUUUUGUUAAAUAUGAUUCAUAACAGAUAUGUUAGUCAGAUUCAAAAACUUCCACAAAGUUGUCCUGCAGUGUAUAAAUUCGGUAUGCGGUUUAUGAAAAUGAAGUAAAAAAAACCGGUUUUCAGUUUUUAGCACAAAAAAUAGAAUAAUUUUAUUUAUUGUCAAUGAAAAAAAGAAAUUGUAAAACUAGAAACAUUUUUAUCGUAUAAAAAAUAAAACGUUGUAAUUAUCUAUUUUGAUUUUAGUUGAUCAGCCGUAUCAAGGUUUGCUGGUUAUCUACGCGAUGUUGGCCAUUAUUUCUUGCUGCAUUUUUUUAAUUGAGGUUACAAUUUACAAAAUAAAAUGUUAG